CCAUGAACGCCUUCAGGUUCCUCGGGGACAUGACCCACCUCUUCUCGGUCAUCGUCCUCCUCCUCAAGAUCUACGCCAACAAGUCAUGCUCAGGGGUGUCGAGGAAGACGCAGGAGCUGUACCUGGCGGUGUUCGUGGCGCGCUACCUCGACCUCUUCACCGACUACAUCUCGCUCUACAACUCCGUCAUGAAGAUCGUCUUCAUCACCACCUCCGCCGCCAUCGUCUGGUACAUGCGCCGCCACCCGCAGGUGCGCCGCACCUACGACCGGGACCAGGACACCUUCCGCCACGUCUUCCUCGUCGCCGCGGCCUUCGCGCUCGCGCUCAUCUUCAACGAGCGCUUCACCCUCCGCGAGAUAUGCUGGGCAUUUUCGAUUUACCUGGAGGCAGUGGCGAUUCUACCUCAGUUAGUUCUACUCCAGAGAAGCAGAAAUGUGGAUAACUUGACUGGACAAUAUGUUCUCUUUCUCGGGGCCUACCGUGCAUUCUACAUUCUAAACUGGAUCUACCGUUAUUUCACAGAGGGUCACCAAAGCAGAUGGAUCCCUUGGAUUGCUGGUUUGGUUCAAACUGGUCUAUACGCAGAUUUCUUCUACUACUAUUUCUUAAGUUGGAAGAACAACGUGAAGCUUGAGCUGCCUGCCUGAGCAUGCUUUGUCCAUGCGAGAAAAAGCACACAUUGCAUUGCAUGGGCCAGAAGUGUUAUCGAAAUUGAGUUGAUGAUAUUGGCUUGAAGAGACUCGGUGGUUCUGUAGUGGAUUAUCUUGGCAAAAAGCUAUAUUACGUAUGAGAGGCUAACAGUACAAUAGUAGACUAGUUCCAUUUUGUACCUGGAAUGGAGAAUCAGCGAAUCCCAAUUCAUUUGGCCUGUUGUUUGCCCGCUCGCUCUAUUUCACCUGCUGUAAACAAACAAACGAUGUGAUCUCCAGUGGUCUUGCCCGCGCUAUGUGAACCGUUGUGACUUGAACUA